GGAAAUCGCUUAAAGCCUUCUCAAAAUCACCUCUACAACUUUUUCUUGAUUAUUUUUAGUUUAUUUGUGCUACCCCAACACCGCUUUUUAUCUUAUUCAAAAUGCCGAAAAAUAUGGGUAAAGGUGGUAAGUCCUUUAAGGCAGGCAAUGCAAAAGGCAACAUGCAGAAUGACAAGCGCGAUCUGAUUUACGCCGAUACCGAAUCUGGUGAAGAAUACGCUCAAGUGAAGAAAGCCUUGGGAAACCUGCGUCUCGAGCUUCAGCUCGCCGGUGGCACGACUGUCAUCGGCGCCAUUCGAGGGGCGAUGGUACGGAAGGUAUGGAUUGCCCAGGGCGACGUUGUAUUGAUUUCUAAGCGUAGUUUUAAUGAGAACGACACGGUGGACAUCAUCCACCGCUACCGCCCUGUUGAGGUGCGAAUGCUGGUGAAGGAGAAUGCUAUCCCGCGUGACUUCCGCCCUGCCGAUGAGCGUGAGAAUCAUGGCCAUCAAUACUAUGUCUUUGUCAACGACGAAGAUGAGCAGGGUAAUGAGGAUGAGGAUGUGAUCGAUCGCAACGAAGUGGUUAUGGAUGAUCCGUUGGCGGCGCUGGGCGACCUGUAAGGAAUCAGACGAUAGACAGAUGAAGGAGACAUGUUCGCAUACCGUCUAUUUCAUUUGACUAAUAGGUGAUAUAUUUUGUGUUUGUUGGAUUACAUUUUUGUUCAUUACCUCCCAACGGAUGCGAUGCUCCUUUUCAUGAGUGUCUAUCUCCAGUUCUCUUCUUGCCAGGCUAGUUUCUAGUCUAAGAAGGGUUUUUAGGGAGUUGCUUUAUUUGGCCGAUAUUGUAAAUAAUUAAUAUAAUUAAUUCAUGGUUCGCUAAAGUUGGGUCUUAGUUGUAUUGAGAUACUUACAUGCUAAAGAGAAAUAAGUUACUUCACCUGUGAAA